GUGUUAAAUUUGGAGAAGAUAAUAGUUUUACCUGUCACUGUAUUAAUGAUCAACAAUGUCAUAGAGAAAGUGGCGAGUGUGGUGAAGGUUGUGCAAUAGGAUGGUCUGGUGCUACUUGUCAAAAACAGAAUGUAGCUCUUGGUAAACCAUCAAGUCAGGUUGAAACAAAUGGUGCUGGAACUUCUGAUUUAGCUGUUGAUGGUGACAAUACUACUAAUAUAUCUAACAAAUGUUCUGAUACUAGUAGUGAUAAUUCUACACGAUGGUGGAGAGUAGAUCUACUAGAAGAAUAUCCCAUUAAACAUAUUACCAUCUAUUAUCGAAACGAACGUGAGCACCAAGUUAUUUCUAGAAAUUAUAUAUAA